AGCAGUGAAUGUAGACCAUAAAGUAUGGUUGCUAAAACGUUCUUUCCAAGUUUCUAUCUACCAUUUAUUCUGAGUUUUGAAAGUCACGUGAAUCUCUGCGUUCUUAUUAUAAUUCAAACUUCACUUCUUGCCCGCCCUUACAACCACCCAUCCGUUGAUUAAUCAUCUCUCCCUCAGACCAGACCCCAUCAUCCCCAAAGUCUCGAUUUUUAUUUUGAAAAAACAAGAAACAUAAAAUCCCAGAGUUUUUCUUUGGGUAUUUCUCGAUUCCCGAGACAAGCAGUUUUCGUGUGACCCAAUUCUUGAUCAUUAAAUUCGGGUUGAUCGGGGUUUUUAUAAUCUUGAGGAUAGUAAGGUCUAAACCAGAGGAGAAGGCUUGAAUUGGGUUAUUGGGUAUCUUGUGAAAAUCUCCAGAGCUGCCGUUGAAGCGUGAAAAAGCUUCCCCUUUUCGUGGUCUCCCCUUUCUUUUUAAUAUAUACUCUUCCCCAAAAAAGUCGUCUUUUUUCAUAUAGCAUGCCGGAGCUGGGGAGGGUUCAUAAUGCAACAGAAUAUGAGGAAGAAAUCUAAUGAAUCAUCAAAGCCCAAAGAAAGACAUAUUGUUUCUUGGUCUCAAGAGGAAGAUGAUAUACUAAGAGAGCAGAUUAGAGUCCACGGAACUGACAACUGGACUACCAUAGCAUCAAAGUUUAAGGACAAAACCACCAGGCAAUGUAGAAGAAGAUGGUUUACUUAUUUGAACUCUGAUUUCAAAAGGGGAGGAUGGUCUCCAGAAGAAGACAUGCUCUUAUGUGAGGCUCAGAGGAUGUAUGGCAACAGAUGGACUGAAAUUGCCAAGGUGGUAUCAGGCAGAACCGAUAAUGCUGUGAAGAAUAGGUUCAAUACCCUUUGCAGAAAGAGAGCAAGAAAUGAGGCGUUAGCAAAAGAGAACAGUAACUCUUCAUCUGUUGAUGUGAAUAACAGAAGGGAUGUUUUACCUGGUUGGAUCAAUGAUGAUAGCAUUUCAGAAUCAACAGAAUGCCUUAAGAAGCAGAGGAGGAGUCACUUUUCAGAACCCCUGGGAAAUUCCAAGAAUGGGGGAAAGUCUCUUGUCAGUUGUGAUUCACCAAAUCAUCAGCUAAGAACUCCUUUGACUGUUCUAUCUCAAAACUUACCUAGUCUUGGGGGAAACUUAUCCAGUCAUCAGAGUGCCAGAGACAUCCCCAAUGCUUAUCACACAGGAUUUAACAAUAAUAAAAAUGAGGGAACAUUUCUUAAGAAGGACGAUCCGAAGAUGAUGGCUCUAAUGAAACAAGAAGAACUGUUAAACUCAAUGGCACUCAAGGCUAAUUCUCAUGAAAGCACAUUCCAGAAGAAUCUUGAAAGCUCUUGCCAGGUCGGCUGCGACAGCUUGCUGUUGUGCAGCCAGACUGGGCUAUCUCAAGAGACUGGUGCAGGAAGUUCUGAAUAUAGUACUGGAUCAACUUCAGUAUGUGAUGAAUUUGAUAAAUUGGUUUCUUGCAAUAUUGCUUCUUCUACUGCACAAGUUGAUUUCUUUCCAGCUUAUGACAUAGUUAAAUCCAAUGAUGAGACUAUAAGUGAGUAUCCAAACGAAGAAUUCAGAUCCCCUCUUCAAGUAGCUCCAGUUUUCAGAUCACUAGCUGCUGGUAUUCCCAGCCCCAAAUUUUCAGAAAGUGAGAGACAAUUCUUGAUAAAAACACUUGGAAUGGAAUCUACAUCAUCAAAUACCAACAUCACCUCUUCUCAUCCCCCAUUGUGCAAGAGAGCCCUCCUCCACAGUCUAUGAUCACCAUCUGAAUGACCCUUUAUCCCAAUUUUCAGGCAUGCAUGGCUAGGUGUUUUUUCUUUCCUAUCAGUCCUGUUUGCUUCCCUCGGAUUGCUGUUAAGUUUGACAAUCCGGUGGUCCAUAACUAGAAUGCUAAGGAGCAUCCUAGUUUUUUUUCAAGAACUGUUUUUGUCACAUUCUUUUUGUGUGUUUAUGCGGGGGCAUGGAUAGGGCAUAUCCACUGUCUUCCCCGUAUUAUUAUUUUACAGGCAUUACUCUUAUGCCUAUUGUACAAAAACAUACAGCGUAGUUAGUGAUUGGCACAUCGCCAAUAUUACUCCCUCAUAUAUAAUAGAAUAUAUAUAGAAUAGUGAAUGAAGGAAUUGGAACUCAAAAAAAAGAUGAGGAUAUAGAUAUAUAGAAUAGAGGAGGAUCAACUAGUUGUGAAGUGGACUUCCUUUGGUAUAUUUGUUUUUGUGUGCAGAAUUAUUAGAUAAAUAAGGUUUGUGGUUUUCCAUUCUCUUCCUCUCUUAUCAAUAUGUAACAUUUUAGUUCAUAUUUAUUGUAACAGUUCGUCCAAUAUGUGUUUGGUGUGUCCUUCACUACUUGAACAUGUAUAUGAAGGUGCCUAAAGUUUUAAGCUGUUACUCAUAAAACAGUC